AUGCAUCAGGUAAAGCUAUCGACGCUCCAUGGCCACGGAAAGAUCUUCGCUGAUACAGGACCCGAACAGCAAAACGGCGAUAGAAGUUGCAAGAAUGAAGCCAUCGGCGGCGCGCACUACGGCCCAGUCAUAGUCUACCUCAGCAAAGUCGACAACGCCGCCACAGCCGACGGUUCUGCUGGCUGGUUCAAGAUCUUCCAAGACGGCUGGUCCGCGAAAUCCGGCUCCGGCUCCGGUGAUGACGAUAAUUGGGGUACCAAAGAUCUCAACACCUGCUGCGGCAAGAUGGACAUCCCCAUCAGCAAAGAUAUCGCCGACGGAGAUUACCUUCUCCGUGCGGAAGUCAUCGCUCUCCAUGCUGCCGGACCCUCAGGUGGAGCGCAGCUCUACAUGACAUGCUUCCAGCUUUCGGUCUCGGGCGGUACGGGGACGGCGAAGCCGGCUACGGUCAGCUUCCCCGGUGCGUACAAGGCGAGCGACCCCGGUAUUGCUGUCAACAUCCAUGCAAAGCUGUCUGGAUAUACGGUCCCCGGUCCCGCCAUUGCUUCGGUUGGGUCCACAAAGACUGCAGGCUCUGGAUGCAGUGGUUGCGCAUCUACGUGCGAUGCUGCCAAAGGACCCGUCGGCACGGCGCUUCCUGUCUCGCCUAUGGCGGCAUCAGCGACGGCAAUGCCAAGCGCUUCGCAACUGCCUACGCAGUCUCCGGACAAGGAAUUUGUUCAGUUGGACUAUGCUGGAGACUUCAACUUUAGCACUACCCAGUCCGAAUUUGAGGCCAUGUUCCGAAGUCCUCGGGCUCCAAGCACUCCUUCAACCGUAUGGAUGAGGAGAGCGCCCCCUCCGUCAGGCUCAAUAGAGGAGGUUGAAAGUCCUCCAGGAGCCAAUCCGCAAUUACUAGGUCUCAGUGGUGACAUGGAUCCUCUUCUCCUGCGUCACUAUCGUUUUGAUGACCGCGGCAUGUUCGGGUUCAAAGAGCUUGCUAUUCACUCGGUGCAAGACCAACCAGUACCUUGUCAGUUUCUCGUCUCACAACAGUCUAUCUUUUCUCGUCGCAGACAGGAGGCUGGUUUCGACCAAUCACAAGAAAAUUUGAACAGGCAGGAGUUGGAGAAUAUUAUUCCACUCCGCGUCGGCGAGCGUCUCAUCAAACUUUUCUGGGAUUUUAUUCAGCCCCAGUGGCCCAUUUUAUCUACAUCACAACCUGCAGAGCCGUCCUUGUCACCUCCGUAUCUCCUUGCCGCCAUCUACUCUAUCACAUUACCGUUUGCGCUUCAUGAUGAUAAGCUCAGUGUCGACGUUGCAUAUGACAACCCUCCCUACCCGGCCUUGAGCCAAAUUAUCAACAAGGCUCUCACCUACGAAGUCCACUCGCCGAGCAUAGCGUUCGCUCAGACUCUUCUGCUCCUUGUCUUACGCCCAUCUGCAGACCCUCUCGUCGCAGACAUGGCGUACAGGCGGGACAUUCUGGGAAGGCUGGUUGCCUGCGCAACCACACUGGGUCUUCACUUGGAUCCCUCGGGAUGGUCUAUGCCAGAUUGGCAAAAGGCCCAAAGACAGAGGCUGUCGUUCUGUAUCUUUGCCGUCGAUACAUGGACAGCCAGUGUUCAGGGGUCACCGACUCUGAUUCGUCGGGACGAUUGGCUCAUUAUCUCAGUGGAACACGGAAGCUUUAUGGGUUCAGGACUGCGGGACCGUAAUGAGACGCAGCUCUUUCAAUUCUCUGCCGUCACUGAAAUUCUCAACUCGGUGCUCGCCAGCCUUUAG